AUGGACUGUAACCUGGGGACUGUUGAGAAUAGUGCUGCUCGUUUGGUAUAAACAGGUUCCAGGAGGAGUCCCACAGUACGUGUUAAGGUGGUACCACACUGGUUGGAGCUCUGUAGAAUAUGGUUCUGGUUUCUCCUCUCCUAAAUUCCCAUCUAAUCAUCAGUCUAAAUCAGAUUAUCGUUUGAUUAUUAACACUGUGGAGGAGACAGACUCAGCAGUUUAUUACUGUCAGACAUAUGACAGCUCUGUUAAAGAGCACGUAUCACAGUGAUAUACACCAUGACAAAAACCUCCUCCCCAAAUACACUCACUUCAGCUUUAUGCGUGGCAGAGGGGUGAACUCUAAGAAACAGAGUUUGAAGUUGAUCAGGGAUUAUUAUAACAAUAUAUAUAUAUAUAUAUAUUUUCACCUUUAUUUAACCAGGUAAGCCAGUUGAGAACAAGUUCUCAUUUACAACUGCGACCUGGCCAAGAUAAAGCAAAGCAGUACGAUAAAAACAACAACACAGAGUUACAUAUGGGGUAAACAAAACAGUCAAAAAUACAACAGAAAAUAUAUAUACAGUGUGUGCGAAUGUAGUAAGUUAUGGAGGUAAGGCAAUAAAUAGGCCAUAGUGCAAAAUAGUUACAAUUUCGUAGUAACACUGGAAUGAUAUAUGUGCAAAAGAUGAUGUGCAAAUAGAGAUACUGGGGUGCAAAUUAGCAAAAUAAAUAACAACAUGGGGAUGAGGUAGUUGGGUGGGCUAAUUUCAGAAAGGCUGUGUACAGGUGGAGUGAUCGGUAAGCUGCUCUGACAACUGACGCUUAAAGUUAGUGAGGGAGAUAAGAGUCAUGACACAAUGGGAGAUCUGGAAAUGGAAGAACCAUCGAUCCCUACAUGUCAAAAAUAUUAUAAGACAUUGUCUGAAAGGAAACUGAUGUUGGCUCUCUUGGUGUCAUCAUCAUCAUCAUCAUCAUCAUCAUCAUCAUCAUCAUCAUCAUCAUCAUCAUCAUCAUCAUCAUCAUAUCACCAUCAUCAUCAUCAUCAUCAUCAUUAUUUCACCAUCAUCAUCACCACCAUCAUCAUCAUCAAGUCAAGACUGCAUCAUAUAGAUAGUGCUUUAACACAUGGAUUCAAAAGGACCAGACACCAACAGCAGAAUAUGAUGCUAUACUAUAUACUGUUACUUCAUAAAGAGAAACUCCAGAAAAUCCUGAGAUGUUUCUAGUGAGAGUGAAGCUCUGUCCGAAUGGGAUGUUUCAGUUCCUGUCCUCUCAGUAGUGAGAGUGAAGCUCUGUCCGAAUUGGAUGUUUCAGUUCCUGUCUAGUGAGAGUGAGGAGGUUUUUGUACGGCUGUGUAUACAAACUGAAUCACUGUGGUAUUCGGACCAGGAACCAAGCUAAUUGUCACUGGUGAGUACCCUUUCUUUCAGUCAGAGGUAGAAUUGAAUGUGAAGGAUACAUAAAGUUGUAUCAACCUUUAAAAUGUUGGUCCCACGUUAUAUUAAAUAAUGAUACAACCAUGUAUAUGGUAGUUACAGACAAUGUUAUAACAUGAUUAAUUCCAUUGUAGGCUACUAUAUUACAGUUGGUAAUUCUGUUUGCUGGUUGACUAAGUAUGAGGAUAUGCAUUUGAUUGUAUCCGUCAUUCAGCACAUCUGACUACUUGAUUAUGUUUAAACUUAGAGAUCUGAACUCAUUAUCCACUUGCACAGAAAUCUGCUUUACCUCCGCAAAGUCACAAAUUGAGAGUUUCUUAGAAAGUUUCAAAAUAAGACAAGCUGCAAACAGACAUAAUAUGAGUAACAUGUAACAAUAGAAUUACAUGGUUUUAGUGACUUUUAAUUUUAUGAGCCCAAAAUGAUUCUUGUUUGUAGUCUUUGAGAAAAUGUUGAAUUUUUUAUUCUACAGUAUAAUGCACACAACCCUGUUUCAUUUUACUAACAUAUCAAAUUAUGUUGUGUAAUGUUUCUUCUGCUCAUUCCAUUGGUCCAGGCUCUACCCUCCCUCCUCCUGGCUUGACCAUCCUCCCUCCGUCCAGUGGUGAGUUGAAGUCCAGCAAAGUCAUCCUGGUGUGUUUGGCUAGUCAGAUGGCCAUGGGCUACGCUGAUGUGAGCUGGACAGCGGGAGGGAAUCCGGUCACCAGCGGCAUCGCUACGAGUGGCCCCGUGCCGCAAGCCGACAAGACGUUCCGACUCAGCAGCUGUCUGACCGUUGACACGUCAGAAUGGAACCAGGUCAAAGUGUUCUCAUGUAAAGUCACCGCGGGCUCCAAGUUCUGAAUAUAGACACUAACUGAAUGUCAAGUCAUCCUGAACCAGUGUGUCUGCAGUAGGAGAACAUGCCAUGCUUGUGUUUUACACAAACCCUUCACAUAUUUAGUAGAAUGUUGUCAUGAACAAUUACACCUAGUUGUCACAAACCAUGAAUCAUAAAGUGAUAUUCCAGAUGGUCCUUUCAGUCCUAACAAAAGACUCCAUGUAUCAGAUCACCUCCAUGAUAGUCAGACCCCUGGUUUACAGUAGAGACAUAUUACAUCAGCAGUCAUUUAGUGAUAUACUGUUAGUUCAGAUAAUGUGUGGUCCAGAUAAUAGUAUAACAAUAUUAUUAUUAAACAUAUUGUGACAUGAUGAUAUAGAAAACUUACUAACAUAACUCACAUGGAACAAAAUACUGCUCUUUCAGUGUAACCAAGAUGAUCCCAUAUGAUUUUUGUUAGUCCAAUCUAAAAUAUAAAUAUUUUUGAUAGUUUAAUAGUUACAGUAAUUUAAAUUCAUCAGAAGUCCAUCUUCUCAGAAGCUGAUAGGCUGACAUGGUUCUCCCUGUGUGGCUCCUUAUAGGUGGGUCCUGCAGCCUCUCCUCUCCUCACACUCCAACCCUGCUCCUCUCUCAGCUGGACAGUAAGGGCUGUUCACACCACACACUGACAACAUGCUGGGGACACUCUGCACUCUCAUCACCGCUCUAACAUGUAAGGAGUCUGACUUCCUGGAGGUUUUACUUCAUGUUUUAUUAAUAAUGAGUCUGUAUGUUUCUCUUCACUACAUGUCAUCUUCUUAUUUCCCAGGUAUCAGUGGUGUGACUGUGGUGACACAGAAGCCUCCUGUUGUAACCUGGGGACUGUUGAUAAUAGAGACGGCCACUAUGGACUGUAACCUGGGGACUGUUGAUAAUAGAGACGGCCAAUAUGGACUGUAACCUGGGGACUGUUGAUAAUAGAGACGGCCACUAUGGACUGUAACCUGGGGACUGUUGAUAAUAGAGACGGCCACUAUGGACUGUAACCUGGGGACUGUUGAUAAUAGAGACGGCCACUAUGGACUGUAACCUGGGGACUGUUGAUAAUAGAGACGGCCACUAUGGACUGUAACCUGGGGACUGUUGAUAAUAGAGACGGCCACUAUGGACUGUAACCUGGGGACUGUUGAUAAUAGAGACGGCCACUAUGGACUGUAACCUGGGGACAGUUGAUAAUAGAGACGGCCACUAUGGACUGUAACCUGGGGACUGUUGAGAAUAGUGCUGCUCGUUUGGUAUAAACAGGUUCCAGGAGGAGUCCCACAGUACGUGUUAAGGUGGUACCACACUGGUUGGAGCUCUGUAGAAUAUGGUUCUGGUUUCUCCUCUCCUAAAUUCCCAUCUAAUCAUCAGUCUAAAUCAGAUUAUCGUUUGAUUAUUAACACUGUGGAGGAGACAGACUCAGCAGUUUAUUACUGUCAGACAUAUGACAGCUCUGUUAAAGAGCACGUAUCACAGUGAUAUACACCAUGACAAAAACCUCCUCCCCAAAUACACUCACUUCAGCUUUAUGCGUGGCAGAGGGGUGAACUCUAAGAAACAGAGUUUGAAGUUGAUCAGGGAUUAUUAUAUCAAUAUAUAUAUGACACAAUGGGAGAUCUGGAAAUGGAAGAACCAUCCAUCCCUACAUGUCAAAAAGAGCAUAAGAAGACAUUGACUGAAAGGAAACUGAUGUUGGCUCUCUUGGUGUGAUCAUCAUCAUCAUCAUCAUCAUCAUCAUCAAGUCAAGACUGCAUUAUAUUGGAUAGUGCUUUAACUGAUGGAUUCAAAAUACACAGAAUAUGAUGCUAUACUAUAUACUGUUACUUCAUAGAGAGAAACUCUAGAAAAGCCAGAGAUAUUUCUGGAGAGAAUGAAGCUCUGUCUGAAUGGGAUGUUUCAGUUCCUGUCCUCUCAGUAGUGAGGAGGUUUUUGUAUGGCCGUGUAUACAAUCUGAAUCACUGUGGUAUUCGGACCAGGAACCAAGCUGAUUGUUACUGGUGAGUUCCCUUCUAAUGUUUUAAUUUACUGCAAAUGUUUUGUUUCUAAUAUAAUGUUGGUCAGAUAUGUUUUAUGUUUUAAUUCAUAAAAUGUCAUUUAUGUUUACUGAUUUAAUAUUUUGCACCUGCUUUAAUCCUUUCUGGUGUUUGAAAAUUAUUUCUAAAACUUUAAAGUCCAGAAACAUUUUGAUGACAGUGUGAAUGUUUCUGGUUGGUCUGCUAUGUUCAUGUUUUAUCAUGCAUAUCUUGUGUUUCUGUUGUCUAUACAACUCAAUGAAAAGGAGAUCUUUCAUCUCAAAGUGUUUUAUCCAGCUCAAAUUCUCAGAAAUAUACUUACAACAUUUUUUUGUGAUUAUUUGUAUUUUAUAUUAACAAUGUGCACAUUUCGUUCAGCCUUUUGCAUUUUAGUCUUCCAGGAUUGUGAUGUAAUAUUGUAAUUAAUGUAUCCAGAAAUUGCUCUGCCUCUCUGCUCCAUGGGAAAAUAACUUUUUUAACACCGUAUGAUUACUUCUAUCAAUAUAAUUGUGAACAUAAUGAACAGCAGUUCUAUAUUUAAUUGCUGCAUCAGUUUCCUCUUAAUGCAGGGUGUAUUGGUAAUGAUACCAACAUCUACUGAAAUAUAAACUGUUAUCAAAUCUGUUCCCUUCUAAUCCCAUCCAUUGACUAUUUUCUAAUCUAGAUGGAGAUCUUUCUACACCUGCUGUGACCCUGUUCCCUCCAUCCACUGAAGACCUCAAGUCCAGCAGAGCAACACUAGUGUGUCUGGCCAGCAACCUGUCUUAGAGGUCCAAGGGGUUUGCAGAUGUCAGCUGGAUGUCUAACGGUGAAUCAGUGACAGAAUAUGUUUUUACCAGUCCUGCUGAGCAGCAACCAGACAAAACCUUCAAGAUCAGCAGCUAUCUGAUCAUUCAGACUGCAGAGUGGGACAAGGACGUGGUGUUCACAUGUAAAGUGUCGUUGGGGUCAACAUUCUCUGAGAAAGAGAUCAGAAAGACUGGUUGCAGUCUGUAA